UAAAGUACAAGGCGGUACGGUGUUGCCAAAUCCAUGAUUUUACAGCGUAAUUGGGGUACUUUUACACUGCUGCGGAAGGUUAAAGCGAUCUCCCCAGAACGCAAUUUUGACCGAAGGGACGACAGAGAAAGGGGAAAAUCGCGGGUAAAACGCUAUUGGGCUGGUUUUGAUUAGAAUUCGGGCUGGUUUUGAUUUCGCAGACCUGGCAACCCUGACAACACUGAUAAGGGUUAACGUUGUUUACGAGUGUUUCAGACAGUAUGGGCAAAAUAGCGGUACUCUCGUUAGCUGCUAUUGCUCUGGCAGCUUUCAUCGGAGAAAGGCUCGUUGCACUUAGGCAUUCAACACUUUCCUCCAGAGAACUUACCCAAAACUACCUUCCUAACUGUCACCUAAUAGAGGGCAUAGAGUAUGGGGCUGAAGAUAUCACCAUACUUGACGAUGGAUUGGCUUUUCUGAGCACUGGCUUGAAGUAUCCAGGCUUACCGUACUAUUCAGAUGACCCUGGAAAGAUCUACUCCCUAAAUCUGUUGGAUUCUGAUCUGAAAAUUAAAGCACUGAACAUCAAGGGUCAGUUUGACAAAGGCUCUUUUAAUCCACAUGGAAUCAGUGUGUACACAGAUGAAAAAGAUGGUGCCAUAUACCUGUUUGUUGUUAAUCAUCCUCAAGGCAAAAGCCAAGUGGAGAUUUUCAGAUUUGUUGAGGGUGAAAAUGCUCUUCAACACAUUAAGACCAUCAGGCAUGAACUCCUGCACAAUGUGAAUGAUAUAGUAGCUGUGGGGACCGAAAGCUUUUAUGCCACCAAUGACCAUUACUUCACUAAUGGGAUUCUCAAGGUUAUGGAGCCACUUCUGUCUUUGUCCUGGAGUGACGUCGUCUACUACAGCCCUCAGACUGUGCAGGUUGUGGCAGGGGGCUUUUCAUCUGCCAAUGGCAUAAAUAUCUCCCCCGAUAAAAGGCAUUUGUAUGUGUCAAAUAUCCUGAAGCACAAAAUUCGUGUCAUGGAAAUACAGAAGAACACUGUAUUGUCUCAUGUAAAGGAGGUUGAUGUGGGGUCACUGUGUGACAACAUUGAGGUGGACCGUGAAUCUGGAGACCUAUGGCUGGGCUGCCACCCAAAUGGUCUCAAAUUCAUGCUUAGUGAUCCAAAUGAUCCGCCGGGCUCUGAGGUUAUCAGGAUUGAGAACAUCCUGUCUGAAAAGCCCCGGGUGACUCAGGUAUAUGCAGAUGACGGCAGUGUGAUCAUUGCUUCUUCAGUGGCAACCCCAUAUGGAGGAAAGCUGCUCAUUGGAACAGUUUAUCAGAAAGCUCUGAUAUGUGACCUUAAAUAGUGAAUCUAAAUAAAUAUUUGAUUUGGAUAGGGCAUAUAAUUUCAGAUAUUGGCUUUUUCCAACAAACAAAUGAAAGACUAGACAUGCUAAUUAUAGAUCUCUAAAAUGUAAAUUUGUGCCAGCAUUGUUCUGCAGUGACAUUCUAUACUUCAUUUUAAAAGGUUUUAAACUAAAGUUUUAAAAUCACAUAAUGAUUUUACAUUCCAUUUGGGUCAAGUGAAACUUACAGUUUGAGUUAACUGAUGGCUUGAUUUAACAAUGUCCUAUAACUUUGUAACACACAUUAUUUUAAUAGUAUAUGAUGUCAGUGAAAAUGAAUAAUUUAUGAUAAUAUAUGAGUGAACUUAACAAGCAAUAUCUCUUCAAGCUGAUAGUUUGAUAGUAACACAUAAUACUGGAAUUAAUGUGUUGGAACUAUAAUAAGCACUUCAUGUUGUGGUUGUUUGACCCGGUUUAUUAUUUUUCCUGAAAAUGCUAGUUAAGGUUAUUGCAUUGGAAUAAAACAUAAUGACUUUGUUCACACAGGGUAUAUUAGUUUUUUUUUUUGUCACUUGUGAAAAAUGAAGCAUCAAAGACAUUUUUUAAUAGGCUGGUCAGGAACUCCAAAUUAGAUAAAAGAUUUUCUAAAAUUCUAAAAUUUUAUGCAUGGCAUAAAGGUUAAAUAUUUUGUUUAAAGAACCAUUGAUAAGACCAAGAAUGUCCAAACUGUACCUUGCAAGUGUGAAUGAUACUAGUGUGGAGAUUUUGUGCAACAAUAUAAUAUGAUGUAAACUGUUUAUUGGGGAACCCGAAGACAUUGUUGUUUUCAUAUUUUUGGAAGAGAAAUGGCAUCCAACUAAGCAAACCAAAGGCCGUUUUAUCUUAAAAGAUAAAAUAAUCUGUGUUCAUUGGAGUGUGAGUGAUUUAGUUGACUUGAUUACUCUGGAAUCAUCCUUCUGUCCAAUGACUAGCACAUUUAUUUGAAACAGUCCUGUGAGUGUUCAUGACUUAACGUAGCUUCUGAAUUUUAUAUGAUUAUGAAACAAAUCCAUUUUCAGCAUUUUGUGUAGAUAUGCACUUUACUUACACAAAAGGGUUGCAUGAUACCAAUUUGAGUAUUCAUUAAAACUCAUGACUGAAAAGAA